CACACGUGUAGCUACUGUUCUGAAUUUUCCACAGAUGUGGAAAAGUGUGAUGGCAGUAGUAACAGCCUCCCUCUCGGUGUGAAUACACGUUUGUGAAAGCUUGCUGCAGGUGACGGAGAGCCGGGAUGGUGGCGGCGAGGCUGGAGGCGUGGUGGGUGGCGCUGCUGGCGGCGAGGCGGGUGACGCCGCUGGUGGUGGGGACGUUGUUGCUCUCUUUGCUCCUCACCCCUUACCUGCUGCCUCGAUUUCCUUUCCCACAACUACCAUUGUCACCACACCUUGCAUCACCAUUGCUAACCUCAUCACCACCACUAGCAUUACCAUCAUCAUCACUAACAUCACUUCCACCACAAACAUCGUCAUCAAACUCAUCAUCACCGUCACCACACAAGACCACGAGACACCACCCAGCCUAUGACAGACGCUGCUACAAGUACCACACAAACCUUCAUGCUGAGAACAUAUGCUGCAGAACAGCCAACUUCAGUGGCUCUAUCAGCAUGAUCCACAAGUGUAUUACCAAGGCCAAUGCCCACCUGCUGAAGGUCCACAGAGGAAAUACCACUAGCACUGGAGGUGUUGAAGUUGCUGGUUAUUAUGCUGCUGAAGGUAGUGAUAAUACUACUGUAGGUGGUGGUAACGCUACCGCGAGUGGUGGGAGAGGGCCUGCCAGGAGCGAGCACUGGGUUGUGUUUGGCGACUCUCACAUGCGCUACCUUCUGGCCUCUUUCCUCACUCGCUUCAGAAGCCCCACCCUCCAGUACCGACUUAAAGAAAAGGGCAAGUGGCUUAGUGCAGCUUUUCUAGAGGCCGAACUUCAUACUCACAAAAUCUGGGCAAAUAUUGAAGUACGUGACCUGGGAGUUAACUUCCACCUGACCUUCUACUGGGAUAUAUUAUUGAAGAUCCUGCCGAGGAAGCUGACUGAGUGGGAGCAGCACCCUCACCGCUCUCCGACGCUCGUCAUCUUCUCUGCGGCGCUGCACUGGAUGGUUGCAACUCUAGACGUGUACCAGAGCCAGGGACCCGAGGCAGCCGUCGCCCUGUACAGGAAACACAUCAGAAGCUUCAAGGACCAACUCACCCGCCUUGCAGCCAACACCACUACCGCUUUCAAGCUCGUCGACGACAUAAUGAUUGCCGGCAUGCCUAACUCAAAGAAAGCCAUCAACACCCGGAGUAACUACCCGCUGUACAACAAGGCGGCGCUGGAGGAGCUGUCUGGGACGGGUGUGAUCAUCUGGGACAGCACCCUGCCACUCUCCAGGGCCUACACCCUCCGCUGUGAGGCACAACCCCUGCACACUCCACCCUGGCACCACUGGAACUGCCUGGACCCGGGCCAUGUAGGGUACAUCCUCGUGGACCAGUAUGCUGAUAUGAUCAUCAAUGAUUACUGUAACAAAUACCUAAAUUUAGGCCAAGACUUUUGUGUCUAGCUUUCAUGUUCCACCUUUUGCUGCUGCUGUUAUGUGGCAAUAAAUAUUAAU